AUGUGGUCAGCAAGCCAAAGCAGCCCAAAGCAGGAGUCCAUGAUGCCGCUGGCAGUUGGCCGCGAGCUGCAGCCGAAGCUUCAUAGCGGCAUGGCUGUUUGGUCUAACGCGCCGGCCCCCAACAGCAAGUACAACAUCACUGGCGGUGAGUACUCCCAAGUCUUGGAGUUAGAUGUGCACCCGGGCGAGUCCAUCACUUGUGAGCCAGGCAGCAUGGCAUAUAUGACUCCGGACUUGGCGCCGGAUGUGGAUGUGGGCGGCUGUGACCAAGGCCUGAAGCGCUGCUGCUGCGCGGGCGAGUCCCUUUUCAGGCUUCAUUUCGUGAACGAGACCGAUGAGGUGCAGCAGGUGGGCCUUACCCCGAACUUCCCCGCCAAGAUCGUGCCGGUGGAUUUGGCGAAGUAUGAUGGCAUGGUGUUCAACCGCGGCGCCUUUCUGGCAGCCUUGGGCUCGGAUUGGUCGGUGGACAUCAAGCGUGUCCGCUCUAUGGCAACGUGCUGCUGCGGGGGCCAAGGUCUUUUCAUGAACACCUUGCACGGGAGCGGAACGGUUUUCCUCGCAGCUGGAGGCACUGUGAUGAGGAAAGAACUUAAGGAGGGGGAGCAGCUGGUGGUGGAGCAGAACACUGUGCUUGCCUUUGAGCACACCGUCGACCUCGACAUUCGCAAAACGGGCGGCUUCCUGGUGUGCUGCUGUGGUGGCAUGGGUCUUUUCAACGCCGUGCUGACUGGGCCAGGCGGCUUGCCACGCAAGUCAGGGGUGGUGGCCAAAACGGAAGUGGCGGCGGUGGAUCUGCGGCAGAGUGAGAGGAUUCGCACUGUGACGCGCGAAGAGCAGAGUGAAGGUGCAACGCAGUGCGACAGUACCUACCGCAAUGCCCACACUCAUCAAGCCUGGAUUGAAUGCUCAGACGCUGAGGCCGUGCAGUGCUGGGCGCUUUAUAGAUCGAGGUCGCAGCACGGCCACCUGGCAGGCAAGUUGCGGCGCCAGCAUCUAGGCAACCAUGCCAUUCCGGUGUAUGCCUGGCGUCGGCAGCCUCAUCCUCCACUGGCCUUCACCUGGCAGAGCACGCUCAAGCCGCAGCACACAUGUGCUGAGGCGCAGGCAAGGAUACCGUCAGCUCCGUAUACUGGCCGGCCUCGACCAGCUUGGGCGAAGGCGCAGGCAGAAAUCCGGCAACCGGAUGCCAGAAGCGAUGCAGCAGUCCAGGCCAAGCCAGCAGGGGUAGUUGUUGAGGCCAGAAGCGAUGCAGCAGUCCAGGCUAAAGAGGACAGAAGCGACGCAGCCCAAGUUGAACCAGCGUGGCGAGAUGGCCUGGCCACAAGUGACGUAGCAGUCCAGGCACCGGACCCAUGCCCAACACAGUGUGGCGUUUCCUGGCACGUCCCUCGUGCCAGAAGUGAUGCAGCAGCCCAGGCUCCAGCAUGGCAAGCUGAGGCGCCCUCAUCAGCGUCACGCUUUCCUCAGCGUGGUGUGUCCUGGGGCGCCCCUCAUGCCAGAAGCGAUGCAUCAGUUCAGGCUACACCUGCAUGCCAAACUGAGGCAUCCUCGCUAGGGUCAUGCUUCACUCAGCGUGGUGUGUCCUGGGGCGGUCCGCGUGCCGGAAGAGAUGCGUCAAUCCAGGCCACACCGCGGUCUCUGUCAUCCUCACCUGAACCGCGCUGUCGGCGCGACGCUUCCUGGAGUCCUUCUUAUGCCAGCUACACCACAGCGACCCAGACGAAGCCAGCAUGGCAAGAUGAAGCCACGCCGUGGGCUGUGGCAUCCUCGCCUGAGCCACGCUGCCGGCGCGAUGCUCCCUGGAGUCCUUCUCAUGCCAGCUACACCACAGCGACCCAGACGAAGCCAGCAUGGCAAGAUGAGGCCACGCCGUGGGCUGUGGCAUCCUCGCCUGAGCCACGCUGGCGGCGCGAUGCUCCCUGGAGUCCUUCUCAUGCUGCGGCAUCCACUGAGGCAUGCUCAAAGCAAGCUGAGGAUGCAUUGAGCAGGAUGGGGCAGGCUUUGGCUCGUGCUCGCACGUUCGCAAGCAAGCAGCCAUCAGGGUCCAUGCCUUGCGGUCCAACAUCGCCCUUUGCGCCGAUGGCAUCUCAGUCUCCGCCUGCCGCGCCACCGCCAGCUCCGCCACCACCACCACAACCACCACCACCACCACUACCUCCACCACCUCCACCACCUCCAGCACUGCGGGAAAUGUCUUUGGAAGGGGCUGAGCAUGAGAUGGACAGGUUGCUGGCAGCGAAACCUCAAGGGAUUCGAGAGCCAGCUGCGCCACAAACGUCUGAGCAGAGGAGAGCAUCUUUGCAGACGGAGAUGAGGCAGCUGAGCGAUGUGCCUGUGACCUACGCGGAGCUAUUGGCUGCACGGCGCUGGAUGGUCCCCCAGCCUGAGCAGGAAUGUGCAACGCACAGGCCAGAGGCAAAGCCGCCUGCUCCUAGCGGCCCUGCUCCUGUCCGGCGCUGGCGGCGACGUGACACAUUGAUCACCUCGCCAUCCCCGUCAGGUGACGCCCACCCCAAGGGUCCGUGCCAUCAGUCCCUUGGGGCAGAUCAGAAGGCCAGUGCUUCAUCUGAGCCUCCAUUGACUCAAGAGGGCGACAGCUCGGCGGACGCCUCACAGCCGCAAGGAGAAAGAGGCGAGGUUGAAAUUCAAAACGAGGACACCGACUGCCACGAAAUGGACUUGUCGGAGUUUGAGCAGAAGCGAUUACAGAUUGUGAUCCAGAGGGAGCAGGAUUUGUCGCCAGCCCGGGAGCUCUCAGAUGGGCAUGAAGCAGAUAUUGCUAGCGGUGCCAUUGAGAAGAUGCUGCCAAAGGGGCAGAAUGCCUUCUGCCCAACCAGCGAAGCUGAGACGGUGGCCCCUGAGCAGCCCACAAGCCAAGAAAAUCUGGAGGACCUACCACCGGACGAAGCCCAGGGUGAAAGCCCUCCAGCAGAGGCUGAGCUGACCUUUGAGGCUGGGCAAGAAGGCACGGUGAGCGGCUGCGACCAAUCGGAGGCCCGGGCCUCGGUUGAGCUUGAGCCAAGCUCAGAGAUCAGCGAUGCACAGGCACCCCUGACUGCCCGUUGCAACCGGGCAGUGCCCGGCUACUCCGGCUACAUCCCUGGCAAGGCCCCAGAAGAGUCCAACAUGGGCAAGCGCUUCGCUGCCGCCAACGAGCAUGGGCUGAAGACCAUGCGAGGCGAAGUGCAGCAGACCCAGGACAGCAGACUGAAGUGUCGAGACCCAAAAGGCAACAUCCCUGGCUAUAGCGGCCACAUCCCUGGCAAAGUUGAGGACAGCUACGGAGCUACCUGGCGCAAUGCAAACACGCGUGCGCACUCUGCAAGCUAUCCUUUGCAGACUCCCCGCACAUCCCGUGGGGAGGUCCGUCCAGGUGAGUGGGUAAUGGAUGGCAGGCCUGUAACUUCGCCCUUGCCGCAUCACAAGGGCCCGGUGAUGCCACGGCCAGGCUUAGGCAAUGCUGUUGCAGCAGUCCCAGGGUAUUCAGGCUACGUGCCAGGCAAACACGCAGAGAACGUGAUAGGAGCCCGCUUCAAAGCUGCCAAUGCUCUGGCUGCAGCAUCUGAGAAGCUGGACGCUGCCUGGAAGCACGCUGAGCCCAGUUUAGCGAGAAAAGGCAACGGCGCAGCCCAAGGGAAGGCAGUGCCUGGCUAUGCUGGCUAUGUGCACGGUGUGCGCCCAGAGCCUGAUGUGUGCGGAAUGCCUUUCAAAGCAGCCAGCAAGCACGCAGACGAGGUGCGCUUGCGAACCCGUGAUGCAGCCAAGGCAAAGCAGGAGGAGAAGCGGACGCCACCUGCAAAGGAGACUAAGGAAGCAGCGACCCCACAGAAGUCUUGCAAGAGUUCGCGGGCAAGUGACUGCUCAGCUGCAUCCGCGACAUCGAAGCGAACCGGCUCGCGCUGUGAGUCCAGGCGGGGCACGCUGACCAAUGGCAAGGCCGGCAAGGCCUCGUCUUGUUGA